GUCAUAUGAUAUUGUGAACCGAGGCUGAGGAGCAGCAACAUCUGAGCUAAAUCACAGCCCACAUCUCUCCCUACGCUGAAAGACACCAAAAGCUGACACCAACAACCGUCAGGCAGGAUGUCGUACGGGUCCAUAGACGGAGGCUCUUUUGGAGGUCGUAACCCAUUCGGAGGUCCUACGAGGCAGGGCUACCAGCCAGUAGCCACACAGGUCAGCCCCUCAGAACUGCAAGAUGUGUUUCAGGAGACCUCCUCCAAUAUCUUCCAGAUCAACGCCAACGUUGUCACAUUAGAGAAGAACCUUCAAUCGCUGGGAACAUCAAGAGAUACAGCAGAGCUACGACAAAGUCUACACUCCAUGCAACAGCAAACCAACAAAGUCAUCACCAGCACAAGCCAGCUCAUCAAGCAGCUCUCUGAUAUAAUCAGUGGCUCUUCACGGCAAGACCGUCUGCGCCUGACCAGACUAAAGACUGAACUCUCCGAGUCCGUGCAGCGCUAUGGAGAUCUGCAGAAGAAAAUUGCAGAGCGCUCGAGGGCCCUGCUCCCUCCAGCACAGAAAGACAAGAGGAAGAGUCCUCAGACCCCGCUCACCGAGCAGAUUGACGAGGGGCCGCUGUUUGAAGAAGCGCUAAGCUCAGAGGGAGGUGUGGAGGCUUUCCUGUCAGAGAUCAGUGAGGAGGAUGUGGAGGAGCUCCGUCAAAGGGAGGAGGCCCUGCUGCAGAUUGAAAGAGACAUGCUGGAUGUCAGUCAAAUCAUGAAGGACCUGGCCAGUAUGGUCCACGAACAAGGAGACUCCAUAGACAGCAUUGAAGAUUAUAUCCAGACCACAACAUCCAAUGUGGAUUCAGCCAAUCAGGAGCUUGCCAAGGCCAACCAAUACCAGAGGCAGCUCAGGAAGAGGAAGUGCUACCUCCUGGUGAUCGGAGCCGUCGUCCUAACCAUCCUCAUCAUCAUCAUCGCUGUUUCAACAAAAAAAUGAGACUAGCCUCUGUGGUAGCUGCUGUCAUUACAGUGUCACCUCGACGCCCCUGCCCAGUCUGAUCCCUGACCUGAGCAGCUGGUUUCCAGUAGGAGGGAGCUGCCCUGCAACAACAAAUCUACUCCAUCAUCCCUGCCUCUGUUUACACGUGCAGCAGUCAGGGAGUGGAGGGCCUUCUCUGCAUACAAAUUUUGUCAAAGAGUCAUCCCCAGUCUGAGCCUUUCGUUUAAUCAACAUAGUGCAUCAUGUUUCUUUUCUUUAUUCUAGAUUGUGGCAGUUAUCUGUGACUUGAAUGUUCUGAAGCCACAAAUGUGAACAUAGAGAUUGCAUCGGAGCAGCACGAGCCGGGGGUCGUCAAUGUUAUCGCACAUCUAUAGCUCCUAACUGUUGUGUUUUAUCAGAAAAAAACAAAUGAAGGUGGAGCAGAGGUUUCAGGGUGAGAUGGAGCGGCUGAGCCUUUACUGUCUUCACUGUAUGCCGAGAUUGUUUGAUGUAUUUUUACGGAGAUUAACUUAUUAUUUAUCAGCCUGUAGUGUAAUUUAAUCAGUAUUAUACUGUCGCAUUUGUUGAUAUUGUUACAUAUUGUUUGACUAAAUAUAUCUUCCAAAUAAAAGUCUGAGUUG